AUGGCCUCCACCAGCAAGCAAAGUCGGUACAUGUUUGUAGCGUACAAGGAGCCAGCGGUUCCCGUGCAAGGGCAGAAACGACGGCGAGGCGGCGCGCGCGAAGUUCGAGCGCACAUCACCAAAGAGUUUCAUCGCAAACUGAGGGUGAAGAGACUUGCCGACGGCUCGAUUCCUGACGACAAAAAAGCCCCAGAUGACACACCAACAAAGGGUACCUCUGGCAGUGAGCCGGAAGCGCAACACGGCCCCGACGAGGGUAUCGACCAAGAAGAAACGCGUCCGGAGACUGUUGCACCGGAACAGUUCUUCUCUUCACAACAAGAGCAUUCACGGCCACCCACCGUUGGGUCUCCGGGUACUCGUUCUGUGGAGGAUAGUCGACUGCCACGAAGACGACCACGGCGCGAGCCUUUACCCGGGCUGAAACAAGUGCUUGGAGAGGGGAGAACAGACCCGUUCGAUGCCCUGCCUAUCCGCAAGAUGUCUACAUACCUUCAUAUGGUUCUUGACCAUGCUCUCACGUUUUCAUGGCCAAACACUGUCCCGGUGAAAUGCAGGGACAGGAACAGCAACCCCGUCAAGAGAGAAUGGCUACAAUGUGCGAUGCAAUGGCCGGUGGUUUUUCAUGCAUUCAUCUAUGCAACGACGCUUCACCUCCUGUGCGUGUACCAAGGCCGCGAACUGAUUCACUCGGCUCCUGUCAUGCGACUCCAACAUAAAGGCCAGGUCAUCAAGCUUCUGAACGAGCACCUUCGACAUCUGGAAGGCCCGCCCAUGGACGCUCUUAUCAUGUCGAUAGCAAUACUGGCCAUUCAUGGCGAAUAUGACGCCACCGUCUAUCCGGAAAUACAUCCUGUCUCACCGCUCGCAAAAGCCCAGAAUCUCCAUGUCUACGGUAGCAUGAUCAACGAUGAGCAGCAUGUGCACGCCAUCCUGAUGUUGAUUAUGCGGAAAGGUGGCUUGGACGCAAUGGAGCUAUUCGGCAUGGCAGACACGAUGGCCUUGUGCGACUUGUUCUUCGCGACAAAGCAUGUGCGUAGGCCGAUCUUCCCACUGCGACGUCCACCCCAGUCUCUUGUUCUCAGCGGCCGACACAAACUUGACGCCACUGCCAUCGAGAUGGACUCUCAACUUGGUAGUGGCUUCAAAUAUUUUCGAUUCUUCGCCAAUGGCUCUGAACUGCUCAGCGUCUUGGAACUCUGGUUCGACGUUACUAUCGCACUGGAUCACUACAUACGUAGAGGACCUACGGCGCCAGACUUUGUUGAUCUCGUCGAGGCACGCACUGCUUCGCAACACUCAUUGCUGUCACAGCUUCCCGAAAUUUUGGAAACCGACAAUCCCGAGUUUUGUGUUCUCCAUGCAACUCGACUUGCUACACUGGUCUAUGGCGAUAUGGUAAUUAUCCCACUUCCACCAACGCAGCGGGUGAAAGCUGGGCUGAGUUCCAGGCUUUUCAAAAUCCUUCAGGCAUGUGAGGAGUUGUGCUGUUGGGAUCUGCAUGGUCAAGUGCUCUUAUGGGCUCUCACACUAGGCGCAAUUGCAGCAAGCCACAUGCCCGCUCGUGAACUGUAUGUUCAGCAACUGAGAAAAUAUGUCUCAGCAUUAGAAGUCAAAGACUGGCCCGCACUCGAAACGAUCUGUUUGAAACACUUGUGGUGGAAGCCAGUUUGCAGCCCGGCAGGCCAGAAGCUCUGGGGCGAAUUGUUUCCAUCAGACCAGAUCAGCAGCGAAGGAGGUUGA